AGGUAAACAAGGUCUUUAAUCAGUCAGCGGGCGUUUGAAACUAGAGGACAGUCCAGAAAAUGCCAGAUGUGGGUGGAGAGCGCUUGCAGUUUGUAUAGGAGGUUAUAAGUAGAGGAGUGAACAGUGCCGGGAAUACGGAGCAGAGCUCAGCUGUUGCAUGGGUCUCAUCUGACUCCAUUUGUCACAGCUCAUCUUCCAGUUCUUCUCAUCGACUGCCCUCCUCGUUGCAUUUGUCUGGUCCCUCUGCACAGCCAUGCACCCCCAGCGUCCUCUUCCCCAGGCCAUGCCUUCCGCCUCUCUGGGACAGCACCUGCGGGACAUGGCCAUGGGCCUGGGACGAGGCAAGAACUUCCUGGGAGGAAACUUUGCCUACAGUUUUAUCCAGUCGGUUAAAGAAUGCCUCUAUUUCCUCCUCUGCUGCUGGUGCAUCAAAGAGAUCCUGGACUGACAGACUGAGAGAAAAGGGUACAUCAAGUGGUAGAGCACAGAUUUUUCCUUGUUUCUCCACUGGGUCCUGUAUUGUAAUUUCAACCAGCUUUUAUUUCAUCAGAAAUGGGAGUGUUAUAUGGUAAAGCCUUGGCAGGAAGGGAGGUCUUUUGGGGUUCGAGGAAGCUUGCCAGCAGGUUUCAAGAUGAUACAGACUUUAUAUCCGGACUGGGUUAGAGUUUUCUGAAUUGUACCCUGAUGAUCUGAGAUUCCCAGGACUGUGGCUCACCUGAUGUUCACUGUACAACACAAAGUGGUGUGGCAAUAAAUAAAGGAACUCAUAAA